AUGUCCAAGCGUCCUCCACCAGCUGCUGCAGCCGCGGAAUCUUCCGAAGCAUCCAAACGCAAGAAACCUCCUUCUGGGGAUCACCCAAAGACAUUGGGGUCUCUCUUGAAAUACAUGGAGGGAAUGGAGGUGAUUGUGGAGCUCAAGACGGGGAAACGGAUACGUGGUACCCUCUUGUCAGCCGAUAAUGACAUGACUGUGACGCUGGACAAUCCACAGAAGGACUCGCCGGAGGAUGAAAUUGAGCUGUUAGAUAAUAUUCACAUUCGAGGAUCUACGGUCCGACUCAUCCAAUUUCCAGAUAACGCGGAUCUUAAGGGAACCAUUGCCGCUGGCAUUGACCAGGAGAAAGCGGCAGUCAACAAAUACAAACGAGGAAAGCGAAAAUAA